AUGUCGCUGCCACCCCAAAGUCGCUGCCACCCCAAACUGGCUGCCACCCCAAACUGGCUGCCACCCCAAACUGGCUGCCACCCCAAACUGGCUGCCACCCCAAACUGGCUGCCACCCCAAACACGCUGCCACCCCAAACACGCUGCCACCCCAAACACGCUGCCACCCCAAACACGCUGCCACCCCAAACUCGCUGCCACCCCAAACUCGCUGCCACCGCAAACUGGCUGCCACCGCAAACUGGCUGCCACCGCAAACUGGCUGCCACCCCAAACUGGCUGCCACCCCAAACUGGCUGCCACCCCAAACUGGCUGCCACCCCAAACUGGCUGCCACCCCAAACUGGCUGCCACCCCAAACUGGCUGCCACCCCAAACUGGCUGCCACCCCAAACUGGCUGCCACCCCAAACUGGCUGGCACCCCAAACUGGCUGCCACCCCAAACUGGCUGCCACCCCAAACUGGCUGCCACCCCAAACUGGCUGCCACCCCAAACUGGCUGCCACCCCAAACUGGCUGCCACCCCAAACUGGCUGCCACCCCAAACUGGCUGCCACCCCAAACUGGCUGCCACCCCAAACUGGCUGCCACCCCAAACUGGCUGCCACCCCAAACUGGCUGCCACCCGAAACUGGCUGCCACCCCAAACUGGCUGCCACCCCAAACUGGCUGCCAACCCAAACUGGCUGCCACCCCAAACUGGCUGCCACCCCAAACUGGCUGCCACCCCAAACUGGCUGCCACCCCAAACUGGCUGCCACCCCAAACUGGCUGCCACCCCAAACUGGCUGCCACCCCAAACUGGCUGCCACCCCAAACUGGCUGCCACCCCAACCUCGCUGCCACCCCAAACUGGCUGCCACCCCAAACUGGCUGCCACCCCAAACUGGCUGCCACCCCAACCUCGCUGCCACCCCAACCUCGCUGCCACCCCAACCUCGCUGCCACCCCAACCUCGCUGCCACCCCAACCUCGCUGCCACCCCAACCUCGCUGCCACCCCAAACUGGCUGCCACCCCAAACUGGCUGCAACCCCACACUCGCUGCCACCCCAAACCCGCUGCCACCCCCAACUGGCUGCCACCCCACACUCGCUGA